CGCAUCCUUCUUGGGUUCUUCCUUCUGUCUCCGCCCCCGCCAGCUACUGGUGUCUGAAUUACAGCACCGCCGCGCUCUCCCCCUCGCAGCCAUCUUCUGUGGAUGCACAUCUCGCAGAGGGAUUGCAACAGUCUAACAAUUUAGAAAAUGCUUUCUGAGGUGAAAUUCAUUCCUCGUGACCAGAUGCAAGACGAGGACUUGGUUUCUAAAUCAGAUAUUAGGAGGAGAAAAAAUAAGGGAAAAGGGAAGAGUUCUAGGAACAGCUCUUCUGAUGAUGAAGAACUUGAAAAGAUAAAGAAAGGUUCUAGGAAGAAGUGGUAUUCAUCAGAUGAAAGUUCUUCAUCAGAGUAUGAAAGCAACCAAGAUGCAAAGAAGAAUACGAAGAAAGCAAAAAAGAAAAGGGAUGAUGGUUCAUCAGAUGAUUCUUGUAAAAGGUCAAAACGAAGAUCAAGAUCAAGGAGUGGGAAAAAAGGAUAUUCAUCUGAGGAAUUCUCAUCAUCCUCUUCCUCCUCUUCCAAGGAUUUCAAAGAGAAAAAAGGGGAGGCAUCAAAAGACAAAUAGAAAACACGGGAGUAAAAAGAGCAAGGUAAAAGGUGAAGCUGCAAAUAUUGCAGCAGAUUCUAUAAGUGAGAAUGAAAUUUCAAGAAAAGAAAUGGGAUUGGAUUGGAUGCUUAGGCCUGAGAGUAAGGGACCAACAGUUUCAGAUACAGUGGAGAAAUUGCCAGAGGAAGAUCCUGUUGAGGAGCCAAUUAAGGUGAAUCCUAAGGAGUUGAAUCCAUAUCUGAAGGAUAAUGGAAGUGGCUACCCAGAAGAAAGUGAUGGGACUAAAGUUGGUGCAGACCGACUUUUAUCUGCUUCCCUUGUUGGGGAUGGGGGAGCAAGUUGGAGACUUAAAGCUUUAAAGCGUGCACAAGAGCAAGCAGCUCGAGAAGGGCGUAGCUUUCAGGAGGCUGUAGCUGAGAGGUGGGGUUCUCUUGGUGACUUGACUGCAUCUGUUGCAUCAAACGCAGCUGCCCCAGCUCGUGCUCAUCUACGUGCCAUAAGAAGUAGGCAAAGAGGUGAAACAGAAGAGAAAUCAGAUACCGAUAAGCAAAGCCGAAGGGAUUAUAAAAGGCAGGACUACUUGAAGGAUGUUUCUGUCCGGCAUGGUGAAAUGAAAGCACCUAAAGUUCGAGAUUCUUUAUCUUGGGGAAAGCGAAAAAGUCAACAUUCUGCUGAGGGAGCUGCACUCAUUUCUGCAGCGGCAUCUAGCCUAAAUAAAUUUUCUAAUGAUGGAAGCUUCAUGCGUGAAUUUGUUAGCAACAAGAGUAGCAAUUCUGAUGGUUCUGCUGUAGAAGGUGUUGAGCCAGUAAAUGAUUCAUCUGAAGCAAAUGCACCUGGCAAUAGCAGUGAAAUGGUGAAGACUGGGAUGACUGCAAACCAGCUGGCAGCGAAGGCUAUGCAACUUCGUUUGAAAGGAAAGCACGAAGAAGCCGAGAAACUAAUGCAAGAAGCAAAGAUUAUGAACACACAACAGGGAAAUCAAGCUCAUACAAUUAGAUCAAGAUCUGAAGGGGAUUCUAGCAGAUAUGCUACACAAAAAGUAUAUGCUCAACAGAAAAAAGGAGAGGAUGAUGCUGACAUGCAUCUUGCUCGCAAGAUCAUGCAGAACAAGCAGUUUAAGGUUUCUAGUCGGGCCGAUGAUGAAUAUGACUAUGAUGAUGGUCCAAGCAAAAAGAGUAGAAAGACACGUGCAGGUGAUGAUGAUCACAAGAUUAUUCAGAAAAACAAUCGUGAAAAUCGAUUCUUGACUCAGCAAGAGCGCUGCCUCUUUUGUUUGGAAAAUCCAAAUCGGCCAAUGCAUUUGGUGGUAUCAAUUGCAAAUUUCACAUAUCUUAUGUUGCCACAGUGGCAGCCUGUAGCACCUGGCCAUUGCUGCAUUUUACCCAUUCAGCAUGAAUCAGCUACAAGGACGGUGGAUGAUAAUGUGUGGACUGAAAUUCGAAACUUCAAGAAAUGCCUAAUAAUGAUGUUUGCAAAGCAAGAGAAGGAGGUGGUGUUUCUUGAAACCGUGAUGGGAUUGGCACAACAAAGACGACAUUGUAUGGUCGAGUGCAUUCCGUUACCCCAAGAUAUUGCCAAAGAGGCUCCUUUGUACUUUAAAAAGGCAAUUGAUGAAGCUGAAGAUGAAUGGAGCCAGCACAAUGCUAAGAAACUCAUCGACACAAGCCAGAAGGGACUGCGGAAUUCGAUUCCAAAGCACUUUCCAUACUUCCAUGUUGAGUUUGGACUAAACAAAGGUUUUGUCCAUGUUAUUGAUGACGAGAAGCAGUUCAAGGGCAACCUUGGCUUGAAUGUAAUAAGAGGGAUGCUGAAGUCUGCCGAGGAAGACAUGUAUCGGCGUCGACGGUAUGAAGCGGUGGAUGUACAGAAGCAAGCAGUUGCUAGCUUCUCUAAAGAGUGGGAGCCUUUUGACUGGACGAAACAGCUUCAAGAAACAUCUUAAAAAUGAUGUGAGGAUCAAAUUGCAAUUUCUGGAUGGAACAAUUCCAAAUCAACUUUAUGAUGAAGAUCCAACAGGAUGAAAGGAAUUCUUGAUGCACUCGUAUGAGUUUGCCCUGAUAACUUACCAGCAAUUCCUGCACGAUCACAUUAAUCAACCUAUGUCUCUGUACAGUGCGUGUAACUAUGCAUGUGAAAUAAAGUGUUCAAGUUAAUACAUAGAGAGAUGAAUGAAAUUUUAUUAUAUAUAUAAAAGUCUAAACUCUCUUAUCUUUCUAAUUUC